UUCCCGCGGAUAAUUCAGUCGUUUGCCAUUUUCUUUCCCGAACGUUUGAGUGAAUAUGAAGCUCAAAAACAAUGGACCGAGCUGGACGAUCGGCUUACAUUCAUACUGCUGGACCGGAGUAUACUGCCGAAUCGCUCGCGACGAGCCGUGGCGGCAAUGAUCGGAGAUAUCAACUUGUUUCUCACGCCACAAUAUGAAGACUCCGGAGACAAAGAAGCUGCGCUGUGCGAAGAUAAGUAUGAACUAUUUCAACGAGUCCGCGGUCAAGGCUUGGCGGCUGAGGCGUUAGCAGGGUUCUUGCAAUUUGUGGGACAACAUUUACCCCAUAAACUAUCCUCAUUGGUGGCCAAAGUUUCCAUGGAAAACAAGCCAAGCAUUCGUUUGUUCCAGAAUCGUUUGGGUUUUGUCGAACGGAGUCGCUUGAUAGAAGAACAUUCUUUUAAACUAACAACCUAA